AUGGGUGGUCUCAGGUCAGCGGGUCUUCAGGGUCAUGGAGGGUCUCAGGUCCGCAGGUUCUUCAGGGUCAUGGGUGGUCUCAGGUCCGCAGGUUCUUCAGGGUCAUGGGUGGUCUCAGGUCCGCGGGUCUUCAGGGUCAUGGAGGGUCUCAGGUCCGCGGGUCUUCAGGGUCAUGGAGGGUCUCAGGUCCGCAGGUUCUUCAGGGCCAGGAGUGGUCUCAGGUCCACGGGGGUCUUAAGUAGUACCAUAAGCGAGAAGGAGCGAGAGGGUCAAGCACUCCUGCAGCUGUACCGGGAACGCUCAACUGGGUGGACCUCAUCUCGUAGCCUUGGGGAGAUGGAGGCGCGGCUUGCUGCCCUCCAGACGGCCUCCACACACACACACACGCACCUCACACGCGUCCGUCUCGCCCUCGUUAACAUCUACAGCGUGGCGAGGGCGUAUCAGCGUUCUCUACCACCUCUAGGACCCCGCGCCGCCACCUCCACCGUCUUGAAGCGACUACAUAACUUCCUUUUAGACGCCAUCACUGUCACUAACGCUGCACGUACUGCUGUCCAACCUGCUUCCCUCAGACCUAGUGCACCCAGCCACAUCAAGCCCAACAGGAGGGAAACUACCCCUGGCAAACCUCCUGCACAAAGAGACAGUGCUAAAAAGGAUACUCCCACCAGUAAACACACAGGUAGGGGAAGUGCCAAGGAAGACAAGGCAGCGGAGGGUGGCAAGUCCGGCCAGGAUAGUGUCGGUCACAAGGGUAAAACUGGUGCUGUCGGGAAACUAACAAGGCUGGAGAGUAAGAAAGCUCUCCAGAAAGAUAAUAAGACAAACACAUCGGUGGGGAGUGUAGUGCCGCCUGACAGUGAUAAAACUCAUCUCAACAACCAAGAAAAAAGUGACGACUAGUAAGUGUUGACAUAGUGUAAACAUCAUCCCCUCAUAAGAACUACUAACACAGAAAACGCUAACAAGAUAUAGAAACAGGAAACGAACGGUAACUCUUCUAAAUAUUUAUAUCUGGUA